AUGCGCGGUCUGGAAGAACGCACCUCAGAGAUAACCCGCUUUGGCGGCGAAGCAAAAUCCCACGUCCACCGCGCCUGGGACGGGUUUAUUGAUUUCGCAGCCCGGGAUAAUGUCCUCGAGGUCGCGCUUGGUCUGAUAAUCGCGCAAGCCUUCAACAGCGUCGUCAGCUCUUUCGUCACAGACAUUGUUCUCCCCGUGAUCUCGCUCCUCCCCUUCAUCAAUCGUAACAUGAACGCAAUGUUCGCUGUGCUCUCGAAAGGACCGAACUAUGACGAGAUGGGCGGAUACAAUACCCUCGAGCAGGCGUGGGAUGAUGGGGCGCUUGUUUUGGCGUAUGGGUCUGUGCACCCGCUGAGACCCGAUCCUACUUCGCAUACUGGCCAGUUGGAUAGGUUUAUCACAGAGUAUUUCGACGGCAGAUAGGUUGAUAGUCUCUUUCUUGAACAAGUGGUCAACUU